AUGCCCAACUUCAAGGGUGUCGAUCUCUCCGGCAGGGUCGCCAUUGUGACCGGUGCUUCUCGGGGCAUUGGAGCGGGUAUCGCUACUUUGCUCGGCCAACGCGGCGCCAACGUUGUUGUCAACUACGUUUCCGACAAGAGCCGUGAGCGAGCCGAGAAGGUUGUCAAGGACAUCGAAGCCGCCGGAUCAAAGGCUGUUCUAUGCCAAGCGAAUGUCAGCAACAUUGAUGAUCUACAGAAGCUUGUUGAUGCCGCCCUGAAGCUCAGCACCAAUGGCAAGAUUGAGAUCCUGGUCCAUAACGCUGCUCAAGGGCUGGAAGCAGACCUCAAGGAUACCACUGUCGAUUUCUACAACCUGCACUUUGACUGCAACGUCCGCGGACCCAUCUUCCUGACCCAGCGCGUCCUUCCCCACCUUCCCAAGGGGGGUCGAGUUGUUUUCGUUUCCUCGGCUGCCGCGAGGCUCGGAGUGGGUGGCCAGACCGUUUACGCGGCUACAAAGGCCGCUAACGAGGCUUGUGCGCGCGUGUGGGCGAAGGAGUUAGGUCAGUCCCAUGGCAUUACCGUCAACUGUAUCAACCCCGGGCCUGUUGCCACUGACCAGUGGUUCGAGGCCGAUGAGCAGUUCUUGAAGGACAUGCAGCCUCUAAUUGAAUCAACACCCGCUGCUGCCAGGGUCGCCGAGGUGGAAGAUAUUGCUCCUCUGGUUACUUUCCUUUGUACAGAUGAUGCGCGAUGGACUACUGGAUCCGUCCUCUCCGCCAACGGUGGACUCUACAACUAG